AUGGCUGGUUACUACCAAGUUCCAGUAGGGUACAGGUUCAUGCCUCGAGACGACGAACUACUUCUUGACUACCUUCGUCCCAAACUUGACGGACAGGACUAUCCCAAAGGCAUUGUUCAUGACUGUGAUCUCUACGGUCUUGAAGAACCAUCGGACAUAUGGAGACGUCUUAACCGUGCAUCACAUGAGGGUCAUGAAUGUACAGAUGAUAAAGAUAUCUACGUCUUCACCACACUCAACUUGAAGGCUCCCAAUGGCUCGCGUUUUUGCCGAACAGUUGGCACCACCGGCGGCACUUGGAAAGGCGAAGACGCCGGCAAGAAAAUCUACGCCUCUGGGAUUAAGCAUGCUAUUGGCUUCAGAAAAAGAUUUACGUACAGGAUCAAAGGAUCCCCACAGAAUGACCAUUGGAUUAUGCAUGAGUUCCAUCUUGAUCCAUCUUUACUACGAAACAAACAUCAUCAAGAGAAGAAUAUUGUUCUUUGUAUUCUUAGAAGAAAGGAUGAUAUAUCAAAGAAAAGGAAGCUGGAGGAACGAGAUAACUAUGAAGAAAAUGCAGCUAAUCACUUUCAACCUCAGGCGCUUAAUGCUAUAAAUGUUGGAGAUUACAAUAAUGCCCCUAUCUAUAUGGAGCAAAUCGCAUUUGAUCACUCUCAACCUCUGACACUUACUGCUACAACAAUUGGAGAUUACAAUAAUGACCCUAGGUAUCCAGAAGAGAACGCAGCUAAUCACUUUCAACCUCAGGAGUUUGAAGCUGCAACUACCGGAGAUUAUAGUAAUGCACAUUGGUAUACAGAACAUAACGCAGCUGAUCACUUUGAACCUCAUGAUGAGGCGCAUAAUGCUACAAAUGAAGCUUUAACUACUGCCCUUAAGCGUAUGGAGGAGAUCCUUAUGAGUGGUUUUCGAGGAUGA